AGUUGCGAUAAAUGACCAAAACGAGGUGUCUGUCUGUCUCUGUAAAAGGAGAACCUCGUUGAUCCUCCGCCCAAUUAACUUCCAACUGCAACCGAUUUUCUGCCAAACCAAAACAAAAACAAUGUCAAUCUCUUUGCAAUCACCGCCCUCCUCAGCCGUCUCGUCCUCCUUCCAGCGGACGAGGCUGAGGUUCUCCAAUGGAUCCCCACGUUCCAAUUUACACUUCAACCCGCAGCGAUCCUUUCCUCUCAUUCGCGCCUCCACUCUCGACACUGGUUCAACCACUGAAUUGGACGCUGUUUCUAGCUACAGCGAGAUCGUUCCAGACACCGUGAUUUUCGAUGAUUUUGAGAGGUUUCCUCCAACUGCUGCAACAGUGAGCUCUUCCCUACUCUUGGGUAUUUGUAGCCUCCCCGAUACCAUCUUUAGAAAUGCUGUGGAUACGGCGUUGGCAGAUUCGGAGUGUAAUCUGCAUGAAAACUCCAAAGUGAGAUUGUCAUGUUUUUUCAACAAGGCUUUAGUGAAUGUUGGUGGUGAUUUGGCAAAACUAGUUCCUGGCCGAGUGUCUACUGAGGUGGAUGCACGUCUUGCUUAUGACAUGCAUGGAAUUAUCCAAAAGGUGCAUGACUUGCUGAAGUUGUACAAUCAAGUUAAUGUUCCUCCGGAGCGUUUGCUGUUCAAAAUUCCUUCAACUUGGCAAGGAAUAGAGGCUUCAAGAUUACUAGAAUCUGAGGGCAUACAGACACAUUUGACAUUUGUGUACAGCUUUGCUCAAGCAGCAGCUGCAGCCCAAGCUGGUGCUUCUGUUAUCCAGAUUUUUGUUGGCCGUCUUAGGGAUUGGUCUCGCAACCAUUCUGGUGACCCUGAGAUAGAAGCUGCUCUCAAAAGAGGGGAGGAUCCUGGGUUAGCUUUGGUGACAAAGGCAUAUAACUACAUUCACAAAUAUGGACAUAAAUCUAAGUUGAUGGCAGCAGCAGUUCGGAAUAAGCAGGAUCUAUUCAGUCUCUUGGGGGUUGACUACAUCAUUGCACCAUUGAAGGUAUUGCAGUCACUCAAAGAAUCAGUUACUACCCCUGAAGAGAAGUACUCUUUCAUCAGGAGGCUAUCUCCACAAACCGCUGCCACCUACAAGUUCAAUGAAGAAGAGCUUACCAAGUGGGAUCAAUUAAGCUUUGCAUCAUCUGUGGGACCUGCGGCCGUGGAACUUCUGGCUAGUGGACUGGACGGUUAUGCUAAUCAAGCAAAUCGCGUUGAGGAGUUCUUUGAGAAGAUUUGGCCACCCCCAAAUAUAUGAAGCUCUUUCUUCUGUUGCUAAGCGGAUCCUGCCUUUCGUGGAAAAAGAGGGAAAUACCGGUUUGGCUUUUGUUUUUCCUCUCUUGUACUGUUUUACGUUUAUCCCAACAACACUUAAAUCUCACAAAAAAACGCUUUAUUUUAUCAUAAAAAUGCGAAUUAAAUCUUAUUCUCAUGA